ACUGACUGACAUACGAUAACCCGGAUGAGGAAGCAAACACUCCAUUAUACUUCUCUAAGUGCAGGGUUUUAAGAGGCUAAGGCCCAAAAACCGGAUCUGUCCUUAUAUAGUCCUAUAGGAGCAUCUGGACGAUAUGUGAGGUAGGGAUUAUGCAAUGCCAUAGUAGCAUCACCGUGUUCUCUUCCCCCGUGCUGAAGAGGAUGCAGUUGUGGAGACGAGCCUGACGGGCGGAACAUGCGGGUGGCGGAGGGGCGAAUUGAAUCUCUCUUCAGGUCGAAUUUGGGUGUUCUGGACUAUUGACAGGUCGAGAAUAGAACAGGGAUGGGAUCAAUAGACCAAUAGGGCAUGGUUUCCCCACAUUGGCCUAUAUCAUGCUUACGCCGUGAUAGGUCUUGGGGACAUUUAUUGACGAUGUCGCCGCCGGAUGUCCUAAUUGGGAAUGCCGAGGUUUCAUCAACUGAAGCCAUCAAGAAAUCAACGGGGGCGCAGCGAAGGUUAUAAGUUGAGAUUCGGUCCUCGGCGUUGGUAGACCUGGAGUUUUCAUUCUCUAGGCCAUCGUGGACUUCCUCCAUCUGAAACGAAUAUCGAUUUUGUCUAGCUUUAUUCCGUGAAACGAGUUACGACAUUUUAUUUUUGAAACACGCAGCUUGUUCGACAUGCCGUCUGCAGAAGUGAACGGCGCCCAUGUGAACGGCGCCCAUGUAAAUGGCCACACUAAUGGCCACACCAACGGCCAUAUUAACGGCCAUACCAACGGUCACGCAAAGGGGUUUAAAAACCCGUCACUGCAAGUAACCGAAGACCACCAGUUGAAGCUGGUAGAUGCUCCUAUCCAAGAGCCUGGUCCCGGGGAGGUCACUUUGCAGAUUAAGUGUUCGGGAAUCUGCGGAUCAGAUAUGCAUUUGUGGAAAUCAGGGCGCAUAGGAUCUUUGGAGGUCAGGGGCGAUUGCAUCCUAGGACAUGAAGCGGCUGGCGUCGUGCUCAAGUGCGGAGAAGGAGUGACUAAUCUCAUACCAGGGGAUAGAGUGGGCAUCGAGCCCCAGGAACCAUGCGAAAAGUGCUUCCUCUGUAUGGAAGGCCGGUAUAACCUUUGCGAAGAUGUCAAAUUCUCUGGAAUUUGGCCAUAUAACGGGACUAUCCAGAGAUUUAAGGUCCAUCCUGCAAAGUGGCUAUACAAAAUCCCAGAUGACUUAAGUUAUACCGAAGGCGCAUUGCUUGAACCGCUGAGUGUGAUUUUGCACGGCAUCAAAGGAGCAAAUGUAAAGCUGGGCCGUCCUUCACUCGUCUGCGGCGCAGGGCCCAUUGGACUCGUUGCCUUAGCAGCCGCAAGGGCUUCUGGUGCUCACCCCCUGGUCAUAACAGAUAUUGACCAGGGACGUCUCGAAUUUGCGAAGGAAUUUGUCCCGCGAUGCCAGACGUACCAGAUCAAUUCCAAGUUGAGCCCCGAGCAAAAUGCAAAGGAGAUUCGAAAACUGUUCGGAGAUGAUGAAUACUCCGCGCCGGCAUCAGUAAUGGAAUGUACCGGUGUCGAGAGCAGUGUCUGCACGGCCGCUUUCUCUGUUCGUAGAGGGGGGACGAUUAUGGUAAUUGGCGUUGGUAGGCCCGUGAUGAACAACAUUCCAUUCAUGCAUCUAUCCCUUGCCGAGAUCGACCUAAAGUUCAUCAAUCGAUAUAGAGACACCUGGCCAGGCGCUAUCAAUUGCAUGAGCGGUGGCAUUCUCGAUCUCAACAAGUUGGUAACACACAAAUUCCCGCUCGAGAAGGCUAUUGAGGCUUUCGAGCUGUGCGCCGAUGUUAGGAACGGAAGUAUUAAGGUCCAUAUCGUCGACGAAGUGGACGCGUCGCUGUAA